AUGCUAUCGCUGGGCAUUUACCUUCACCAAGUGCGCGCCGUCUCCGCAAUCCGUUCCUCUUUCAUCCUGUCACGUCAGCGUCAUACGUCUUAUGCUAUUCCACCCAUUCUGGCAGGCCAGGACGUGGUUGUAGCUGCAGAAACGGGUGGAGGUAAGACUUUAGCAUUUUUGCUGCCCGUGGUGGAGCAAUUGAGUCGGAACUUGCUGCCACUCAGCGAGAUGCGCCUUCCAAUUGCUCUCGUGCUCACUACAUCCCAGGAAUUGGUGCGUCAGUUGAUGACGGUGCUAACUCAGGUGGAACCAGAGCUUGCACAACUUGCAGUGAUCUUGUCGUCUUCUAGGCAAAGCAUAGGACACAGUGACAAGCGUGCGUGUCCGCUAGUGUUUGCCACUCCUGGAGCGCUGCUGCGUGCCACCAAACCAAAAGACUUCGCUUUCACUCAGAUGGUCGUCGUUGAUGAAGCCGACAUGCUGCUCAGUGGCGGAUUUGAGAAGGAUACCAAGCAAAUUCUUGCGACGAUCCGCAACCAACCUUUGUUGAAAUCUGAGCUUAAUCGUUGUGGAGAUACAGACGCAAAACCUCGAGAAUUUCGAGGUGAAGAUGUUGCUACGAAACAUACCCAGACCAUUUUUAGUGCUAUAUCCUCUUCACCUUGUACUAUGGUAAACGCUCUGUGCGCCACUACAUCGACUAUAAAUUUUCGUCGGCUGUAUUCGCCAUUACUAAGGGCUUUCACCGGACGUUGCCAGAGUGAUAUGGGCAAGUUGAAAAAGUCGGGAGGGGAAAAGACACUAGUCUUUACCAACUCCAUCGCCAGUGCCGACGCGCUUUUCGACUUUUUGCAAAAUGACAAGGGCAUGGUAAACUGUGCACUAUUUCACAAAGAGCGCGAGGCCUGGAUACUACCAAGGUCGUGCAGCGCGCCGAUUAAACAGUCGCAAUUUUCAUGCGCUGCAAGCCACCUUGGGGAACUCAAAUGUUUUCAGGCCAUGAUACAGUCGUGCAACCAGGACACAAUUCAGCAGGGAGAUCGUUCACAACAAUUCUGA